UUUCCGCAACUUUAGCAACUUUGUUUAGCGUCCAAAACCAUGGAAGCGACUUCUUCUCUUUGUUCCACAACUUCAGCUCUCUCGCCACGUCCAUUCUCCGGCGAUCCAUUAUGCCGUAGAAAGGGUCUCGGAGGAGAAAAGAGAGUAGUUAUCAAAAUAUCGGCGUCGAAAAGAGACGCACAUGGUCGCAACUUUGAUGGGAAGCUAGUUGAUGAGGGCAUGAUCGUGUUAAGAAAGAGAAUUCACGAGAUGAGCAUGUUGGAGAAGAAUCACGAGCCUCCCGAGCAUUGGAUGGAGUGGGAGAAGCAAUACAAGAAAGAUGACUACGACUCCGAUGUUUGUGAAGCACUAGGAUAUUUGCAAUCAAAACUAAUGGAAACCAGGCCCAGCGUGGCUUUGGGAAUGGGAGCUCUUCUUCUUUUGAGCGUAUCAACUUCAACGGCCGUACUUCUCUUUCAUGUUAUGGCCGUGUUGAAAGGGCUAUAACAUAAUUAGGAUUCACGUUGUUACUACUUAGAUAGCAAGCUUUAGGAGCUUUUUUUUUAACUAUAUUCAUUGUCAUCAUAAUCUAAUUUUAUUGUAAACAUAACAUUCUUAUGCUGUGAAAAUCAUAUUUUUACCAUAUUUGUACAAA